AAAACUCUAUACGAAGUUGGUGCUUUCCAGAAUGAGACUCCAGGAGGAGGUACAGACUCUGAACCCUUUAGGAGGGGCUGAGAGGAGAGGAGAGGCUGAGCUGGGAGUUGUAAAGAACAACGUGGGAGAAGAGGAGGACGACAACAAAAGACGAGAGGCGAAUCAGAGGGAGGAACGUCGAGAAAGCCCAGGGCAGAGGAGGAGUGCAAUUAGAAAGGCCAACAGGUGGCUUUACCUGAGCAGCACAGGGAAUGGGGGGUGGAGGAAAGGGGAAGUACUAGGAAUGAGGACGGACCGGUUACCACCUUUGCUCCAGGACAGCUGUGUGCAACAAGCGUCUGCGGAAGACUUCAACUUGGCUAGGGAAGACAAAGCAUGGAUCGAAGAACUCCGUGCUGAUGUUUGCCACAUUCCCAUAAAGGAACUAAAUUGUAAUGCUGUUUUUGUGGAAAAUGCAACAGAACCUCAUGUGGUGGUCUUGCGAAGGCCUGCACAUGGGCUUCGGCUCCUGGGCAGCAGAAGAGCGCUGAGCAUGUUCGUCUUCCCGGACGACAACAGGAGACACCAAACCACAGCGACCAACCACCAAGACAACUCUACAAGACCUCGCAGUGAUUGUAUGUUGGCAGCUACCAAAUCAAGCAACAAUCUUCUGCCUACCUCGACCCCAAGUAAGCAAGGUUGCCCGGAUAUGGUCCAGCGGUGUAGGAUAAGACAUGCAGAGCUUCGUGCGAUAGACGGUCUAAAACCUGAUAUGCCGCCUUCUGUUAACCUGUUUCCUCAUCCACUAGAAGAACCACCAAUACGUCGGACUUUGAAAAGCAAGAACAAACCACGGCCCGUUAGCAUGACUGUUCUUGAGCUCAAUAAAGAGCGUAGUGGAUCCCGAGAUGAGCUCGCAAGCUACGCUUCCACUGGCACCGGUAGUUUGCCUCGUCCAGGCUUCCGAUGGAGAUGGUUUGGUCAUCAGGCAACUGGAAAGGAAGUGGUGGUGAAACAAACAAAGCUAAAGGAACCCAACAAGACUGAAGAACCGAAGACAACAUUUGGAUCACUCCGGAGGAGCUUGAGUCUAAGGAUGAGACGGAAUCGGAAUCAACCCGAGCAGGAGAACCGAACUGAACGGAGACGCACUUCAAGUAUCGGAGAACAAUCUAUGCAAACCACUCGCCCGUUUUCCUACCUCACCGGCAGGAUGCUAACGCCAGCUCGUGAGCAAGAUGAGGAUCAAGGGGCCACGCAGUACAUACAGUACCAAACUCGGGGCAAAGUGGCAGUCUUGGAAGUCCCUCUCCGUCCUGCCAAACUAACAAAGCCCACCAAACAAUUACAACCAGAGACUAGUUUUUGGCAGCUAAUAGCUAGUCGUUUUAAGAGAAAAGACCCGUUGUCCAGCAACAAAUCUGAGCUGUGCACUGAAAGCCAAGCAGUUGGCAGCCACCCCCCUGUGAGAAAUAAAAAGCCAGAUUCUGUUGCUAUAGAGACUCUAACUGGCAUUGGUUUGCGCAGAGGUCAAGAUUCCUUCGUUAACAGUCAGGAAUGGACAUUGAGUCGAUCAGUACCAGAGCUCAAAGUGGGCAUUGUGGGAAACCUGUCCAGUGGGAAGUCGGCGUUAGUUCAUCGGUAUCUGACAGGAACAUAUGUCCAGGAGGAGUCGCCCGAGGGAGGGAGGUUUAAAAAGGAGAUUGUGGUGGAUGGACAGAGUUAUCUCUUGCUGAUCAGGGAUGAAGGCGGCCCGCCAGAAAUGCAGUUUGCUGCCUGGGUGGACGCGGUGGUGUUCGUCUUCAGCUUGGAGGAUGAGAUCAGCUUCCAGACAGUUUAUAACUACUUCCUGCGCCUUUCCAGCUACAGGAACACGGCAGAGGUUCCCAUGGUGCUGGUGGGGACGCAGGAUGCCAUCAGCGCUGCCAACCCAAGAGUGAUAGAUGACGCCCGGGCUCGAAAACUGUCCAACGACCUGAAACGCUCCACAUAUUACGAAACCUGCUCCACCUAUGGGCUUAACGUCGAGAGAGUCUUUCAAGAUGUUGCUCAGAAAGUGGUGGCGCUGAGGAAAAAGCAGCAGCUUUCGAUUGGUCCGUGUAAAUCUCUGCCCAACUCUCCCAGCCACUCGUCAGUUCCGUCCGCGUCCAUCCCCUCUGUACACAUCAAUCAGGUCGUGUCUAACCCCGUCCACACGAGACACCACGCUCUGCCGGUGCGCGUAACGGAGCCGAAGCACGCCACCUACCCCGUCUGGGUGUCCGAGUGGCAGAGCGAACGAGAAUUUGUUCUUCUGUUUCCAACCUUUCUUCAACUAAAAGGGCUUUCCAGCUUCUCCUCAAUUAGACGAGCCCUUGGUGGUGGUGCCUCUUUCUUGCGAUUUUAUGUUGUCCCCCACCACACACACCAACACUCACUACACUUCACACACGCACACACACACACUAGAGUUAAGGCACAACUCAUAAACACACACACACACACCCUCCCCACCUCCAUGUGUGUUCCCAGUUUGUUCUUUGCACUGACAUCUUGUCUUGUUUCUUUGCAGUCACGGAAAGCCAGUGAUCAGACAAAGAGCAUUGAGAGUAAAACUGACAGUAUAGGGAGUGGAAGGGCCAUACCCAUCAAACAGGGGAUUUUGUUAAAAAGAAGUGGGAAGUCACUUAAUAAGGAGUGGAAGAAGAAAUACGUCACUUUGUGUGACAAUGGUCUGCUCACGUACCACCCCAGUUUACACGACUACAUGCAGAAUGUCCACGGUAAAGAAAUCGAUUUGCUGCGGACGACGGUGAAGGUGCCUGGGAAGAGACCGCCCAGAGCGGUGGCGACGGUCGCCCCUACAGCCAGCCCCAAAACCAACGGACUGACCAAAGACCGCAGCACUUUACAACUCGGCAUCGGGGCCACAAGUUUUCCACACUCUUCUACUUCCCCUUCAGUCAGAACUAUGGUCACAUCUAGCUCUGGGUAUCCAUCUGAACCUGACCUUGAGCCUGGAAUGUGGAGAUUUAAAGAUGAUCCAUCGUCUCCAUCAAGCAGGGCGCCUGUUUUUCGGGAACAGGAGGAAAGGACCCCAUGCGACACAGUCGGGCCGGUGAACCCGCUGAUUGAAGCCAGGGAGGGCCGUCAGCACAGCCGCUGCCGCCGGGAGAGAUGGAUGUCCAAUGGGAUGUCAGAUCCUCUCAGCUCCGCCCCUGGCAUGAACAGCGCCACCAGUCCCAAACUUGAGCCUCCACCAUCACCUCAUGCCAACCGCAAGAAACACAGACGGAAAAAAAGCACAGGCAUCACCAAACCGGACGGCCUUUCUGCAGGGAAUGAAGAGCAAGAGGAGUCCUUUGAGUUCAUCAUUGUGUCCCUGACGGGUCAGAUGUGGCAUUUUGAGGCAUCUACGUAUGAGGAAAGAGACCUCUGGGUUCAGGCCAUUGAGAGCCAGAUAUUUGCCAGUCUACAGUCCUGUGAGAGCAGCAAGAACAAGUCUCGAUUAGGAAGCCAGAGUGAUGCAGUGACCAUCCAAUCCAUCAGGAAUGUGAGGGGAAACAGCUUCUGUGCAGACUGUGACGCCCCCAAUCCAGACUGGGCCAGUCUGAACCUCGGCGCUCUGAUCUGUAUCGAGUGCUCCGGGAUGCACAGGAACCUGGGCACCCAUCUGUCCCGCGUACGGUCUCUGGACCUGGACGACUGGCCUGUGGAACUCAGCAUGGGGAUGACAGCCAUCGGGAACGCCAUGGCCAACAGCGUAUGGGAGGGCUGUGUGGAGGGAUACACCAAACCCGGGGUGGACAGCACCAGGGAAGAGAAGGAGCGCUGGAUCCGGGCGAAGUACGAGCAGAAGCUGUUCCUGGUGGGGCUUCCUCAGUCAGACGUACCGCUGGGACAGCAGCUCCUGCGGGCCGUGGUGGAGGACGACCUGAGGCUGGUGGUUCUCCUGCUGGCCCACGGCACCAAAGAAGAGGUCAACGAGACGUACGGGGACGGAGACGGACGUACCGCCCUGCACCUGUCCUGCGCCAUGGCUAACGUGGUCCUCACGCAGCUGCUCAUCUGGUACGGCGUGGACGUGAAGAGUCGCGACGCCCGCGCUCAGACGCCCCUGUCCUACGCCCAGCGAGCAGGAAGUCAGGAGUGCGUCGACAUCCUCAUCCAACACGGCUGCCCCGGCGGCGGCGGCGGAGUGUCGACGCCCACAGCCACCCGACACAAUCCCAACAUCAACAACAACGCUCAGUGCGAGCUUAACCGUAGUGUUAGCAUCAUGUGAUCGUGGCUCGCAGUGUCUCUAGUGUCUCUUCUCAAAGAUGUUGAUGUUCCCAUAGAUGCUGCUCUCGUUAAAUGGCAUCAUUUCCCUCAGCAGUACAGUACGUCUUUAUUAGGAAACUGUGCGUAGUGCCACAUGUGUCACGUAAAGCCAUUACCCUCAUGACGACUUCCUGUGACCAAUGUUAGCGUGCAGCGAGAAUUAGCAGUGUUAACAUUAUCAAUGCGUGUUGUUUUUAAGCUGAAGAAAAUUACGUUUUUAAGGAUCCUUUCUUGUGUGUGUAUAGAACAAAAAAUGAAAUGAUGGGCAACAGGUUCUAAACAAAAUAAGUUUUGUUUUUUAGGUGCAUCAGUUUAAAAAGAAUCGGACAACAGUAAUGGAUCCUCCGCUUUGCUCCCACGCGUUUUUGUCCAUCAGAACAUUAAAUGAUGUUGUUAUUUACUGUCCCUCAUGUCAUUACAAACUUUCUUUCUUCUGCUGAACACACACACACA